AGCUCAAACAAUCAACGCAAAUUACAUGUGUCACACGAGAAGGUCUACGUUUCUACAUCACAAAAUUGGUACUCUCGAAAGUUCUCAAUCAAUCCUAGGAAAUAUAUAUUCCAAUUCUGGUUCAGCUGCCCCAUUUCUACGCGUAACAUCACGUCCAGCUCCAUGCGGUGAGGAAACCACGAUUUCCAGCGCAAUUCGAUUAUCUCGAAUUGGCUCCUCGAUUGACAAUAUUGUCCGAGCGAAAAGGGAAAAUCGAUUAUCGAUCAAAUCCUCCGGCUGAGGAAGAAAGCAACCAUGGCUACAUCAACAAACCAGUCAUCCACCACAGCGGGAACGGGAACCGUUCCGGGCACCGCUCGGGGAGUUGCCCGUGUGCUCGCAAAGCUGGAAACCUCGAUAGAGUCCGGGAAGUAUUACGAAGCCCACCAGAUGUAUCGCACGCUUUACUUCCGGUAUCUGUCGCAGAAAAAAUACGAGGAAUUGUUGAAUCUGCUGUACAAAGGCGCUCUCACCCUGCUGACUCACGAGCAGCACACAAGUGGAGCCGAUCUUGGGCUGCUCAUUGUCGAUACGCUGGAGAAGAGUAAUGUUGUGGACGAUGCCGAGAAGUGGAUGCAAAAGAUAGCUCUUCUGCUGAGCAAAAUUCAACCAAACGUUGUUGAGAGGGAAGCGCUCCUGGUGAAGGCUGUAAAAUGGAGCGCCAGCGUAUCGAACUCACAGGUCGGUCACCCGUUGAUGCAUAAGCUGAUUGCGCAGAUCAUGUGGAACGAGGACAAUUUAGCUCAGGCGAGGCAUCAUUUUCUGCUCUCGAAGGACGGCAGCGGUUGUGGUCACAUGUUGAUCCAGUUGAGUCAGACCAAGGGAUUUCCAUCGGAGAUCGAUUUGUUCAUAGCGCAGGUUAUCCUGCAACAGUUGUGUCUCAAAGAAACUUCAACUGCAGCGGAAACUUUUGCUACCUAUACAAAAUAUCAUCCGAAGAUAGCAAGCAGUGAACCGCCUUUCAUAACGCCGCUUCUAAAUUUUAUCUUUUUUCUGCUGCAAGCAAUCGAAACCAACCAGCGAAAGCUGGUAGUGUUUCGGACGCUUUGUGAGCUUUACAAGGUAUCGCUUGAACGAGAUCCGUCCUACGAAAAGUAUCUCCAGAAAAUUGGUAUGAUAUUUUUUGGCGCCAGUCAGCCCCAGCGGCCACAGAGCGAAGGAAUGGGUGGGAUUUUCGGAGAUUUACUGAAUCAAUUCUUUCAGGGUUUAGAUGAUGAGUUUGACGAGGAGCCGGCCGGGGGAAGCCACCCACGGUCUGCGGCAUCCCAGUCAGCGCAGGGAAUUAAAGAAGAGCUAGAUUAGAAUUAGGCAAAAAAAAAGAGUGACGAAGUCGAAGGCUUGGUUUGUUUUUGUUUGCGCGUCGUUGCAUUAGAAAGCGAUAAUCAAAUAACGACUAAAUUAUAAUAGGGCAACCAACAGAUUUUAACGUGAACGUUCAAUUUUGAGUACUGUCUAACAAGACCUCUGUUUAAAAAAAAACACAAAUAAUAAAGGAAUAAUUGUGAAGUAACAACGGUACAACGGUACAAA